AUGAGUAAGGCACACGCUCAACAGGCAACAAGGCAGCAACUAGAUGAGCGUUCGCAGCAGGUGGAGGCCCUCAUGGUUCUUUUGACGGAAAAAGAUGAUGAGAUUUCACAGCUCAAGGGAAGGCUAGUUGACGCCGUUGCAUCAGCCAAAGAAGAGCUUAGGUCUGAGGCAGAACAAAAGCUGCGGCAAAAAUUGGCCAUAAAGCUUCAUGCAGAGCUACGAGAAAAGAUGGCACCAGACGUGCGUGCAGAGCUUAAGGAAGAGCUACGGGCCAAUAUUCUGACGCAGCUUUCAGAGCAGCAGAUAAUCAAGUAUCUAGAGAGACCAUUAGAAGAGCGCACCAGAGCCAUUGAGGCCGAGAUGGAGAAUCGUAUAGCAGAGCAAGUGGAGCAACGUCUGCAGAAGGAAGUGGCGGCUCAGGUGGCAAAGGAAAAGGCUGUAUUUAGGAAUAAGCUCAACGAAGCAGCACGCCCCAAAUCUAAAGAGUCAACGAAGGCCGAGGAACAACGGUUACGUGUGCAAAUAGCUAGUCUGGAAUCCAAGCAUCUCUGUGAGAUGCAGACUCUUACCCGCGAGGUCAGUAGCUUAAAAAAGCGCAUUGCGGGGUAUGAGACGACUAUUGAGCUUCUUCGCAGUCAGAAUACUAGUCUUGCAGCAGAACUAAGUGACACCCAGAAGGCACUGAAAAUGGCUGCCGAGAGUCUGGCUGACCAGCAUGAGCGAGAAGAACAGCUCAAAAACCAAAUACGAACACAGCAGGCUGCGCAGCUUAAUGAACCAAGUCCGAUAAAUAACGAUCCCCACCACGACUCCGUUGAAGAAGCAGCUUUGGCUGCUAGAUCUGUCUCAACACAGGAUGGUAACGAGGAGCAGUUCUAUUUUAUUCACAGUGCACACUCUGCCCCAGCUGCACCUGGCUUCACGUCUCUAUCUCAGGAGUUGGCACCAGCGGUGGACUUGAAUACAAACACCGUAGUCUAUAUUCCAGGAGCACUGCAUCAAUCUUCCAAUAACAGUUCUGAUUUACCUCCUUCUGAAGAGCCCAUUAAAAGAGCAGAAGAAAUCUGGACCAGUGAAAACUUUGAGCAAACAAAGCAGGACAUGGAGACAAAGUUACGUAACUCAUGCACGAGCAGUAGAGCUGCAGAUGAAGACGUUGCCUGCAAUCCUGGAGAUGAGCCUAAAACAGGACCUGCCGAAACUUUUAUCCUCCCAUUAGUUUCAAAUCUACCCGUCCAUGUCUCGGGGGACAUUGGGUUUAGUGCAGUGGGUGCAGUGAGCAUGAGUAGCAGCACUGGUCUCGAUGUUAGCUCUGGUACAAGCACGGGACCGAUUGUGGAGCUUCAGCGAAGUGUUACUACUAGCGGCACAUUUGGCCAAAGCAGCCUAGCGGAAUACUUGCAUAGCAAUUCUCUUAACCAUGAUUCCGCUGGCUUGACCCAUGAACCACCGUCUCUAGCCAAAGAACGGCCUGAAGAUAAAGCUGUCACUGAGACGGUCUUGGAGAGGAUUUCUCCUGACGUGGUGUUACGGAAAAACGCAGAUAUAUCCGAGCUACAGGCAGCAAUGGUUAGGCACUUCACCAACGAGCUUCGAGAGCAAUCUAAGUUCAUGGAGUCGUCGCCCUUGCAGAUCCCGGACGGACAACUGGGGAGCUUGAUCGAAUCUGCGAUUCAGUUCCUCUUUAAAGUAUGGGACUACAUCGAGGAGGCGUUCGCCCUCAGAAAUUCGUGUCUCAAUGGAAUACGGACUUGUUUAGACCAGGGGUCAUUGGACAGCGCCCUGAAGUUGGCACAGGUUGAGCUUCUGAGAUGCAGGAAAGUGAAGGAAGAAUUUGGAGACAUAUUUGAGCUUGUUCGGGAGCGAGAGCUAAAGAAGGCCAACGAGGAGAGCACUUCGGACAUUACCAGUACCCUCCAGGCAGUACUCGAAGAUUGUAACACAGAACUGUUGUAUCGUGGUUUUCCCUAUAGCAACAUAAUACGUGCCGAAACCUCAUAG